AUGGUCAAACCAAAACGAACGAUCAAAGACCACUUCAAACCCAUCACAACAACCCAACAACAGAACGAUAACAAGAACAAACCAUCAGCAACCGAACCUAAAACAACAGCAACUAGAAGAUCAACAACCAGAGUAACAACUUCAAAAACAUCACCAACCUCAAGACCCAGAACGACAACCCUAAAAACAUCACCUAAACGAACAUCCAUCUCAACAUUGCCCAAAAGCAGCAAGACAAUCAAGAAGAACCACACACCCUCACCUCACUCCAGCAGCUCACUUUCCUCACUCUCCUCACUAGAUGACAACCCAACACCAACCAAAAGAACGACAAAAACAAGACCAACAACGAUCCAAAACAACAAGAACGAUCAUCACAUUGAAAUAGACGAUGAUGAUGACGACGACGACGACGAUGAACUACCCGAUCAUGACUUUGCUCUACCAACUAAACGCAAAACCAUCCAAACCAAACCACAGAAACCGGACCCAAAAACGAAUACCCCACAUCAGAAAUCACCAUCACCCUCCUCCAGCUUCAAUCCAGCCCGAAGACGGAGCUCCAGACUCGUCCCAUCGACCAGCAAACCAUCCCCAUCGAUCUCGAUCGGCAGCGGAUCAAAAACGAUGAUCAAAUUGAACAAGCCCGCCGGCCCCGCAAAAUUCUCACUAGAAGACAUCCUCAAGGACCGACGCAUACGCUCAGAGAAACAGGCCAACCUCAAACGGACCCGUGAGGCGCUUGGAGUCUCCGAAGACAACGAACAGACCCCCGACGAACUACUAGCUAGCCACGACCCUCUGCUGACCCCACAGAAGAAGUCUAAGACCAACAGCAGUCAUCAUGAUUCUAAGACUGUCAACGGACUCGACUCGAUCUGUGCUCAAGAUCCGAGCACCCCGCCGAAAGCGAUGAUCAUGCUGAGCGAUCGGACUGCCGAUCUGAUCAUCAGCCCCUCGAAAGCGAUCCUCUUGGACGAGAAAGAUAUCGAUCGAUUCCAAUCUGCGCUUGAUACUCAAUCCACCGCUCACAAGCCUAAAAUACACAAAAUCUUACGCGACGAUCUCGUCUCCGGAAAGCUAUCUGGUCUCAAUCGAGGGCUCAACUACCGACAACUCUUCCAUCCCAACCUACUCAACCCUGAGUCUACUGCCAAUCCCCCACCACCUUCGCUUCCUAGGAUCGAUUAUUGUGGUCUUGAAGGCGUUUCGAAAGAUCCUGAGGUCAUCGAAUUCGUCCAAGAGCUGAUUGACAAUCUCAAAUAUUCGAUCAGACAUCCCGACGCGUUACCGAUCGACCUAACGCGAGUGAUUCCAGAGUCAUUAACCAAUGGGACAUUAGCAGACGAGUCGGGGACGAUGAUAAUGACGCACAAGACGAUCUUCGGGCUGCUCUUCCGACCGUUGAUUAACCCAGAGUACCCGGCGCCGGUCGCGAGGAAAGCAGUGGUGCUGAUCGAGGCCCUGCUCGCAACGCUCUCCGCGACGCCUUCUCUGAACAGACUGCAUGAGUUCUGGCUGAGCACCCUCCAGGAUGGUCUCUGUCAAUUAGGCCUCCUCCCCCACCUCGUCUUUUUCGGUAACUAUUCCAACCAGGAUCCCGCUCGGCUCGAAUCCUCAAACCCCUCGUUCGCGUUCACGCUCACUACAGCUACUGAGAGAUUCCGAUUGGUGCUCAAGCUCUUCACCGUUCUUUCUUCAGCCUCCUAUCUGAACGACCGAGGUCGGAUAUGGGCAUUGACGAUUGCACUACGAGUGGGUGUAGAGCCAACGAGUAGCAGCUUGAGGGCGGACGUGAUGGAAGUUAUUUCGCAUGUGAUCACGACGGUCUAUCAUGGGUCUUCGGGAGAGCAGUCGACCAAGGAGACCAAGAUCAGUCUGUUAGUCGAGACGCUCAAGGUGGCCAUCGACCUACACACAUGGACCAACCAGCUCGACCUCGUCCGCCUCUUCCCCGCCCAUCUUCCCUUCCGCAAAGCUCUCGUCAUCGGCGUUGUCAAUCUCGCCGUCGGCCAUCUUGACGCGCCUGCUCCAGUCCAGGAGGAGGGAUUGUACAAGAUGGCUCGCUGGUUGGCCCACAUCACAAAUCGAUUCACGACUGAUCCGCCCACUCGGGAGAUCUUCAACACGCUCAAAGAAAGGUCUCGACGCCCAUACGAGCCAGCGCCCUUGGCCUCGACAGUGACAGAGCCAAAGAGCCAAGAGGACGAGCCUAUGGGCGCCACACAAGACUCGACAAUGUCGAGUUUGAUUGAGAUUGAGAGCACUAAAAAGCCGAUCAAAGAGGAGAAGUUUCGGCCAGCCUUUGCGGGCUAUUUGGGCUCCGAAGACGCCAUCAACGAGGCCCAAUUCUCCGCCCUCGUGCUUCUCUUCCAAACCUUGACCAUGGGCCUUUGGGACUUCCUCAUCGACCCUAAGAAUCUCCCUAUAUCCAAACCUCCGGCGGCGCCUCCCUCAUCCAAUCCUACCCCUCCCGCUUCCUUUUCUUCCGCUCCUCUUCCUCCCGCCGAUCCGUCCUCUUCUUCUUUUGAAGCAAAGCUCACCGGGAAUGUUUGGAUCACUUUGGUCCAUCAAGCUUUAGAAUCAUUGGAUCAUUCAAUCAAGAGUUGCACGUCUCCUCAUCAUCAAGCUGAUCGAAUCAAACUCAAAAAUAUCAUCUUUCGUUUGGCUACUGCAUUGGACUUCUUAAAUCGCGAAAGCUUUUUAAUCGCUAAAGGGAUGGAUUUCAAAGGUCAAUUCAAGUUGGAUCGGUUCCUAAAAAAAUCUUAA